AUGCUUUCUCCACACAAACCCACGUCGCCUCCGUCCUGUCUUUCUCCGCCUUCCUGUCUUUCUCCGCCUUCCUGUCUUUCUCCGCCUCCCUGUCUUUCUCCGCCUUCUCGGCCUUCUCUGCUCUCGACGCGGCGCUGCUUCGGCGUCGGCGGGAGUUACGGCUACGACGCUUUCUUCCGAGGCGCGGCAGAGGUUCUCAAUGGGUCCAACAUCAACUUGCCACACUUGCCAGAAAGCAAGGACGAGAACGAAGCAGACACCCCCCAGCUGCAUUCCACGCGGCUGCCUCAGCAAAUCCGACGCUUAGGCUCGAAUUACUUCUUCCGGAGAGCUCGGGCUGUCCCGCUCACGUACUAUCACCAUCUCGUGGAGUCAAAGACCGCAGACACCCCCGCCGCCUCGACCUCUCCCGAAGGCGGCGUCAGUGUACAGACCGGCCGCGGCCAGUCUCUGUGCUUCGUGGCGUCUGCCAAGCCUGCGUAUCUCCACAGCAAAGAGCUGGAAAACGCGAUUUUCGAGAGCACUCGCGGGUUCGCCUGCCAGCUGAUUCUCGAGGGGAGAGGCGUCAAAGCGUACUUCGAUCCUGAGUGGCCGAAUCUCAUGGUCAGGCUGGGCGUCGGGGUGAAGCCCCUGGCGCUGAGGCGCCUCGCCGAGCAGUACGCGACUCGAGCGAAGAUUUUCGUGGACAAACGAGGUUUGCUUCUGACUGUCCACGGCUACGACAAAUGCGCCGUCGGCACGUUGACCAUGUCGCUCUUCAGCCAUCUCCAGGCGAAUCCCUACACGAUAAAGGGUGCCCAUGUGGCGAUGCAUCCUAUCAAGAAGAAAGUGACGAAGAAGAAGUGA